AUUGAAUUGCAGGACUGGCCCGGCCUUUCCACACCGUUGCAUCAUAAGACACAAAACACUAAUAAAGUUGAUCAGUCAGAACCGAAUUACGCGUCAACCACUGCUACUAAUGUUGCACCCGACACAAAUGAGAUAAAAUCUAAACCUUUUUCCACCGAGCAUCUACCAGAUGACUGCACAAGACCAACUUUUGUUAUUAAUGCGAAGAACAGCUCUCCAAUCGCUGAAUCUGCUGCCUCUUCCUCAUCUGCCUCGAUAAAUGCCUUCAUCACGGCGAGUGACCUUCAAAAUCGCCAGAUGCGCCUCAAACAACGCUCCUCGCUCAGCCGUAGAAAUAACCUGAAUACCCAUUUAUCAUAUUUAGAACAUUCACCAGGCGCUCUUCCUGGAUCACUAACGAACGUAGGGGUGAAGUAUAUUUCUAAGUCUGGAACAGAUGCACAUUCGAAGUCGUUGAAAGGAAGGAGUCGUCUUAUUCGCAGCCGGAGUCAAUUAGCUGCCCGGGGCUCAACGGCCAAACGAGCUGGCAAACUGACCAAGUUGAUAAGUCAACCAAACAAAGGAGAGAAAUACAUUUCAAUAAAGGAGGUAAGAAGAUCAUUUUUGGUUAUCUAUAAACAAAUAAGCUAG